GGCGGCGCCGGGAGCGAGCGGAGCGGCCGCGGCCGCGGCCCCGCGGCGGGGAUGGGGCGGCUCUCGGUGCCGCCGCUGCUCCUGCCCGUGCUGCUGCUGUGGCAGCUCGGCGGGGCCCAGGAUCAGGGUACGUGUCCCAAGCCAGAGCGGCUGGAGUACGCAGAGCUCAAUGAGCCCUUCAGGGAAAUGCAGAAUUUUCCACCUCAGAGCAAAAUCUCCUUCACCUGCCGGCCUGGAUACGUGAGGGUUCAAGGGAUGUCACUGACCUGGACAUGUGGUGAUGACUUGCAGUGGUCACCCAAAGGCGUGUUCUGUAUAGCGAGAAAAUGUGAGUACCCAGGAGAGUUGGAAAAUGGUCAUUUUGAUGCAACAGAUCUUACAUUUGGCUCAGUUUUGACAUUUUAUUGUAAUGAAGGGUACAGAAUACAGGGUAAGGAAAAGAUUUCCUGUGAUAUCAUGAAUGGACAUGUUGGCUGGAGUGGAGCUCUGCCUUACUGUGAAAAAAUUCCUUGUGAGCCACCUCCCAAAAUAGCCAACGGGGACUAUGAGGAAAGCUCCAGCUACGUGUACCAGAGCUCAGUGACCUACAGGUGUCGGGAUGUGCCCAGGGGCAGUGAUCCCUUCUCCCUCAUCGGCCCAGACACGAUUCACUGCACAGCUGAUGCACACUCAAAUGGAGUCUGGAGUGGGCCACCUCCACAAUGUCGAGUGGUCAAAUGUGAAGAACCUCGAGUUGAAAAUGGGAGAAAAAUAUCUGGAUUUGGACUUCCCUACAGAUACAAGGACUCGGUUGUGUUUGAGUGCAAUCAAGGCUAUUUCAUGGUUGGAGAAAUGGUGAUUACCUGUGAAGAAAACAACACCUGGGUUCCUCCAAAACCAACUUGUGAGAAAAUUACUGCAGAUGUGUGUCCUGCCCCGAAGAUCCCCAAUGGGGUCCUGAUUCCAAGCAAACCUGCCUAUGGAAAAGGAGAGUCUGUCCAGAUCAGGUGCAAUGCUGGCUGCUCCUUCCCUGAUGGCUCUGCAGAGGUGACAGUGACCUGUCAAGAACAGAGCUCCUGGGGUGCUUUACAGCACUGUGCCUGUGAGUCUGAAGGUUCUGGUUCCACUCCAGUCAUAAGUUAUGGGACAGUGACACAUGGACAAAAACCUUCCUACCAUGUGGGGGAUUUCAUUACCAUUGAGUGCUACACGGGGUACACCUUGGAUGGGGAGGCUCGCAUCCAGUACAUUGGAAACAACCAGUGGGUGCCUGCAGUGCCAACCUGCCAGCUCAGUGGAUAUAUUAUAGCCAUCAUCUGUGUGAUUGUGGUAGUUGUGGUGCUCCUGGCAGCCUUCUGGAUCUACAAGAAAUUCUUCUCACAGAAUGGGAAACGUGACGGCACUCCCAGUUCUGCCGAAUAUAAGAUGUGUAAAGCAUGACUGCCCUUUUUGGGGGGUGGGGGGGACCUUGCAGUGGGGUACCCCUGUCAGAGCUGCACAAAGACUGAUUGCCCUGUCCAUGAGGGCCCUGUGCUGUGUCUUGUCUGCUGAUGAACUGGAGGAGGAGAUGCUUGAUAGGAUAAAGAGUGUGUGUGCAUAUAGAUAACACAGAUGCUGCUUUGCCUUCUGGGCCCCUGCUCGUCCCUCUGUGCACGUGAGCUGGGGGAAAGGCAGUGCCUGUAGCAUGCCAGAGUCUGGGGUGCUGCAGUGUCCCUGUCCCCCUGCCAGCUGCUGCUGCCUGCUGCCUUCAGUGCCACCUCUUUGCUUGCAGAAGAUGUCCAAUAUUCCCCUCUCUCCUGCAGAGCUCUGCUCGCUCAAACCUUCCCAUCCCUUUUUGCAGUAGAGGUGGUGUAAAUGGUUCUGUUGUUUCCUUUGUACUCUGAAAUGUCUUCUUGCUCAUUCCCUGAAGAGUCUGGUGCCACUGAAGGUGAUGUCUUUUGGAAGCUAUCACAGUUAAGAUCUUAUAUACUCUACCUCUUUGUCUGCCAAAGUUGGUUGCUGUAUAUAUAUUGAAUUAAACUGUGCCUUGAAAUCAGAGUUUUAUGGCUUUUCCUUUGCUUUUAAAAAGGAAAAAAGCCAUAUAUACUUCUGAUUCUUUGCUAUAAUCUCCCAAAGACUGCAGUGGAUUUGUUGGAACUGAAAACUGAGGGAUUCUGUAGCAAAGGCAUCCCCUGCCUGUUGACAGGAGGUCCCUAAUUAAAGGAACUGCUGAGAGCUCAGUUGUGGCUGUGUCCUGUUGUGAGCACAGUGGAAGUUCCUUAGAGUUCUCGAUUUUAGUGAGCUUUGAUGGCAGUUCUGGAGAUCUUCUGUUGCUUUCAAGGGUGGAAAUGGGUGCUGUGUGAUCCACCUUCCUUGCUUUUUUACUUGAAGUCACAUACUCCGCAUUUCUAACCUCUGGCUGCAGACUGGGAUGUUAAAUCAAUCUCUGAAAAGCUGGAUUUAGGAUCAGAUUCCUGUUUAGAAGCAGAAGCUUUUCCCUGUCACUCACUUCUCAUGUUAAAGGAAAACCAAACCAGUUCAGUUGUGUGAGCACUGGUAGAUGUGGUGGUCUCUUGUUUGCUGCUUGUUCAUCAAAUGUUUUAGUCCAAAUUCCGACUUCAGGAGCCCCCGCCACUGUGUCUGCCAUUAGUUUAGAGUCACUGCUACUUCUAAUUCCUCAGCAAACCCCAAAUCUUAACUAGAACAGGUUUUAGCUCCAUGAAUCUCACUAUCAGCAUACAGGCAGCUCCUGAUUUUCUCAAAAACCCAAAUAACCUCACUUCAGAUGCUUGAGGCAGCAUUGAAAGUGCUCUGGCUUGUCUGUGGCUGCUUGGCACUGCUCUCCCUGUCAUCAACAGAUUGUCGGCAUGGCACAGAACUGUUUGGGGCUUUAUAGGGCUUUUUGGGACAAUCCCAGCAAUCAUAUUGUUGGAGUUCAUAAUAGGCUCUGGUUAUUAGAAAGGGGCUUUGGCUCUGCAGAAGGAUUUGCUGUUCGUGGCCUGGCUGAUACCUCAGUUUGAGAGUUUGUAAACACUGGGAUGUGUGACUGGGACUGAGUGUGGUGCUGGUCAGGAGCUCAGCUUGCUUUUUGUGGCAUCUGCAACAUGCUGAUAUACACUGGAAUGUACUUUAUUGGGAAGUGAAAUCACUGUAAAAAGUGGCUGUUUUUUGCUCUUCUUUCUGGAUGUAAAGAUUAGAGAUUAUUUGUAAAAUUCCAAAUAAAAAUGUUAAAUUAUUUAGCA